AUGCGCUCCUUCGCAGUCCCCACCCUCAUUGUGGCCGCGUGCAUCGGUCCAGCCUUCGCGCGCCCUGUUGCGACUGCUUCUCGAUUGCUCGCUCGACAGCUUGCGGUUCCCGAGCCAGAACCAGGAACAUAUAUGCCCGAGCUUAUGAGCAUGCCAGAGUCCCGCGUCGAGUGGGUGCCACCGGAAUAUCCUGUAAAUGAGGGUCCCUGGAGGCCGACGGAUAUGGCAUUCGAGGAGCCUGACUGGGAGCCGGCCGAACCGUUUUCGGAACAUCACUUGGUUGCGCGUAGCAAAAUAGGGAAAAAGAUAGGUGGAUUUUUCAAGAAGUUAGUCCACCUUGUGCUACGCGAGGAACCAGCCGAGCCUGUGGUCUCCCCUUUCCCGCCUUCCUCUUCACCUUCUUUCGAGGGUGCUCCUCAUGUAGCUUUAGAGCCCGGGUUGGCACCGGAGUCCAUGGCGUAUUCCCCUAGCCGGUACGGCUGGGAGCAGCCGGAGAUGAUGGAUGUCCCCGCUCAAGAGGUUCAAUGGAAGAUGGAGCCGACGCGGAUGCCUAUCGAAGAGCCCAUGAUCCCCAUAAUGCGGCCUGUCCGUCGAGACCACCAACUCCUCGCCCGGGAAUUCGUCGAUGCGCUGUUUGCUCGUGAGGAGGAUCUUGACUAG